GGCAGUGUCUGUGCGCGAUGUGAACUUCGCAUAGCAGAUCUGUACUGCUAGUGCUGGUGCGUGGCAGCUCUGCUUGCAGUUCGACGGCGUCUACCGCAUGGUUCUAUUCGGCUCAAGCUAGCUUGGCUUUGGGGCUUGGGAGUGGGCUCUCGUCUCCAGGGCCGCCGGCCGGCAUGGAGCCUGCAGGUUGGCUGCUACCGCCUGACUGCUGCCUCUCGGCUCAGUGCUGUCGCGCGAAGUCCGGACAUGGACGUGCCAGUCGCGCCGGAUUUGCUCGAGGCCGUGCUGCCAGAGGAUGCUCCUGCUGGCCACGAGGCGUGGCAGAAGAUCAAGUAUAAUCUCACCCAUUCGUCCCCUUACUGUUUCUUCAAGUUCGAGUCGCAGAGGUUCCAGACGACGCUUGCGGCGUGCCUCACCAAGGAGGCCAUGCUGCGCGUGGCCCGGGCCUGCUACGUCAAGUUCUCGGACGGAGAGCCCAGAGAGCGGGUCCUCGAGUUCAGGGACCAGAUCUACGCCGGCAUCAAGGAGCUCCGGCCCGGCAGGGGCGGGGACGCCCCGGCGGGCCCCCCCAAGAAGAGACGCAGGGCGGCGGCCACGGCCGAGCCCCCGGGCGCCGCGGAGGGCGCGGGCGC